AUGACCCCAGAUGAUGUCCAUGAGUACAUGGGACUUGUCCAGUUAUUUCUGCAUUUCAGGUGGACAUGGGUUGGACUUUUUACAGUGGAUUAUCCCAUUGGAGAGAGAUUUUUGCAACAAUUCGUGCCACUGCUUUCUCAGAGCAACAUCUGCAUUGCUUUCAUAGCUAAAAUGAGAACACGAACAAUUGUUGAUAGAAUGCCAGAAUUCUUGUAUACUGAACAGGGUAAAAUUUCAGCUGUGGCUAUAGUUGAAAGCAAAACCAAGGUGUUUCUUGUCUAUGGUGGUCCUCUAGCAAUGGACUUUUUGAACUACUAUUUUCAUGUGGCCCUUCUGAAUUCACCCACAGGAAUAGUAUGGAUUGUGACAACACACUUGGAAUUCACUGUACCACCCAGUCAUAAGUACCGUGAUAUACAAACUUUUCAUGGUAUGCUAUCCUUCGCAAUCCACUCAGAGGAACCACUUGGAUUCCAGACUUUUCUUCAGAAUAUAAAUCCUUCUUGGGCAAAAGAGGAUGGCUUUAUCCAAGACUUUUGGGAGCAGGCCUUCAAAUGUUCCUUGAAAAGUCUCAGUUUGCAGGAUGGUAAGGGGAGCAAGAAAAUCUGCAGUGGAGAUGAGAAGCUUGAGACCCUUCCUGGACCUCUCUUUGGAAUGAGCAUGUCGGGACACAGCUAUAAUAUUUACAACGCUGCCCAGGCUGUUGCACGGGCCCUGCACAUGAUGUAUGAAGAAUCAAUCUCCAAGUACAGAUCACGGGUGGCUGGUGGGAGGUCAGCUGCCUGGAAUCUACACCCAUGGGAGCUCAACCACUUUUUAAAAAGUAUCUCCUUCAACAACAGUGCUGGAGAGACAAUACAAUUUGGUGAAAAUCAAGAAUUAACUGCAGGAUUUGAUGUUACCAACUGGAUAACAUUUCCCAAUCAGUCUUUUGUUAGAGUAAAAGUUGGAAGUUGGAAAACUCAGGGUCCUAUAGAAGAAAGGUUGACUCUUCAGGAUGAAAGCAUUGUGUGGAACAAAAACUUUAACCAGGUGGUGCCUAUAUCUGUAUGUAAUGAGAAUUGCUUUCCUGGUUACAGCAAGAGAAAGAAAGAAGGGGAGCUAUUUUGCUGCUACGAUUGCAUUCCCUGUCCAGAGGGGAAGAUUUCAGAGCAGGAAGAUAUGGACACCUGCUCUGAAUGUUCAGAAGAUUACUAUUCAAAUGAGAACCAGGACCAAUGCAUUCCCAAGCUGACAACCUACCUGUCAUAUCAUGAGCCUUUAGGGAUCACUUUAGCCUUGUCUUCUGUGGCUUUUGCUCUCAUCACAGCUUUCGUGAUAAGAACAUUUACCAAAAACUGGGAGACGCCCAUCGUGAAAGCCAAUAACCGAAGUCUCACCUACACUCUCCUCGUCUCUCUCCUCCUCUGCUUCCUCUGCUCCUUGCUUUUUAUCGGUCAGCCCCGAAGGUUGACUUGUCUUCUCCGACAAACGGCUUUUGGCAUCGUUUUUGCUGUUGCCGUUUCCAGUGUAUUGGCAAAAACCCUCAACGUAGUUCUAGCAUUCAUGGCUACCAGACCAGGCUCCAGGAUGAGAAAAUGGGUGGGGAUAAAACUAACGAGUCUGGUUGUUACUUCCUGUUCUUCAGUUCAAGCAGGUAUCUGUGCACUUUGGCUGAGCACUUCUCCACCAUACCCAGAUAUAGACAAGCAUUCACUGAAAGGGAAGAUCAUCCUAGAAUGUAAUGAGGGCUCAACUUUCAUGUUCUAUUGUGUCCUGGGCUACAUGGGCUUCCUUGCUGUUGUCAGCUUCCUUGUGGCUUACCUGGUCAGAAAGCUACCCGACAGUUUCAAUGAAGGCAAAUUUAUCACUUUCAGUAUGUUGGUCUUCUGCAGUGUUUGGUUGUCUUUUAUUCCAACCUACCUGAGCACCAAAGGCAAAUACACAGCAGCCGUGGAGAUCUUCUCCAUCUUGUCAUCCAGUGCUGGCCUUCUGCUUUGCAUCUUUUGUCCCAAAUGCUACAUCAUUGUGUUCAGGCCAGGCAUGAACAAAAAGCAAGUCAUAAGGAGAACAGAAUAA